AAAAAAAUAAAAUAAAAAUUAUGGAUGCCUUCGGCUCCGUCUUCGGCGAGGCCAAGCCGCCGGAGCCGCCGCUGCGACCCCUCCUCUUCCACGCCCACUCCCAGGCUCUAUCCCUCCGCCUCGUCGCCACUGACCUCCACUCCCUCGCCUGGGACCGCUCCCUCUCCGUCUCCGACAUCGAUGACCUAAGAGACGACGUAGGGAUCGGCGGCUCAUGGUCUGACUUUCUGGAAUACCUCAAAUCCUGCCUCUCCUCUGGGGAAGUGAAGCUCCUCUUCGCUGCCAGUCCCGCCCCCCACCACCACAACCUGCCCUCCGAUACAGCUCUUGAUCGUGUCAAUCUUGUCGCUACAAAGGCAAAGGGGCUACCUCGCAUCACCAUCUCUCUCCACAGAGUUACUGCCUCCGCCGUGAACGAUGUCAUUGCCAAUUUCUCCCUAUCACUUUAUGCCGCUUAUAGGACUACGCAGGACCAUGCAUCCAGAGAACGGGAGCGAGCAUCACAACUGAUGGAGAGUCUAUCGUCCGAAAAAGAAAAGAAUGAAAUAAUGCAAAAACAGCUAGAAGCUCUUUCUUUUCUAGACAAAAGAAAGGCAACAAAGCCAAAGCUGGUGGCCAAUCAGUUUCCAGGCGUGUCUGGUGUGGCUCAGGGCUCCGAUCAGGUUAUUGUUCCAGCUGAGCAGCAAAUGCCAGUAGUUUCACCUAUCAAACUUCCUCCAGCUAAAGCCACGAAGAGAAUAGCCCCUGUAUCUCGAAGGGCAAGACGAGGAGCUUUGUUGCAAGAUACCGAAGAAAAUGUUGAAGAAUAGUUAGAAAUUGCUUCUUCUAUGUAUUGAUUAUAUAUAAACUUCUAAAGCAUGAGUAUGUGCUCUGUUAGUUUUGCGGUCAUUGCAUCAAACAUGUGAGAUCAAGCUAAUGAAUUUGUCACAAAUCCUGUUCAACUUUUGAUUACGCACCUCAUUUUUCUUCUUUUUACCUAUUUGGCUAAGCCAAGUGUAUUUAUCAUUUGUCUUUUAGCUGAUCCAGUACUACUUUUUCAAAAUUAUUAGUUAUUGUA